GUAACUCCUCUUUCUCUCUCAUUCGCUCUCUCUCUCUCUCUAGACAGCCAUGUCGCGUGGGCCUGCUGCUUUCAUAGCCGUGCAGUGCUACCAAUGCUCAACUAUGCAGGUGAAGCAGGAGAAGAAGAGCAGCAACAAGUGGAGGUGCGUGAUCUGCAACGAGAGGCAGUCGGUUAGGAAGGUCUUCGCGCGGUCGUUCCUCGCGAAGGACGUCCGAGGGUUCGUGCAGGUGGCGAACGCGGCUAGGCAGCGGUCGGAAUCCGCAUCCUUCUGGCCGGAAAGCGACUCUCAGGCUUCUGCUGUAGUUGGUGAGCGCAUCUCUCUGGAGCGUACUUUGCCGGGGAAGACGAGGAAGCGGAAUGACUGGUCUGAGUACCUUGAACCCGAAGAAGAUGACGACGACGCCAACGGAGGUGGUAUGUUAGAGCCAGGCUUUGUCACUGAGCUUCCAAAGGAGACGAUGAGGAAGCCCAAGAGGAAAUUUCCUUCUCCAUUUUGUGGCGUAAAAGAAGAUCAUCCACCUUCCUCUUCAAGUGAAACUGGACGAAGACCUGCGACUCGCUAUGGUCGAGAUGCACAGAAUACUGAAGAUGGUUUGAGCAAGACGAAGGAUGCGUCUAAAUGGAGCGAGUAUUUGGACGUUGAAGAAGAUUCAAAUGAUGGUAGUUCAGAAAAACUUUUGCCAAACCAUGGUGGUGGGUGGAACUACGGAGGGGCUUUUGAAACUCACAUUGAUGGCGAGAAGGUUGAGGAAGACAUUCACCCUGACUUCAUGUGAUUCAUGAGCUUUAAUCUUCCUUCUUGUUCCUGUUCUGCAGAGUCAUCUGCCAAACUCAGUCUACUUUUUCAAGCUGUGGACCCUUUUUUUUUCUCAUAUACAUAGAUACAUAUACAUGAUCUUUUGGACAUUGUAGAUUCUUUAUUUUUUAAAACAUUUUCAGAAACC